GUUAUUUUUCAGGAUUUAUUUGGAGUUAGUAUGGUUUUACCAUUAAUAUUACCACAUGCAAGAGAAAUGGGAGCAUCACCAACCAUGGCAGGUUUUUUAGGUAGAUCUGUAUAUGGUGGAGUUCAGUUAUUCUCUGGUCCAAUUAUUGGUAAUUGGAGUGAUAGUUUUGAUAGAAGAUUAAGUAUAGUAGUGGUAUUAUUUUUUUCUGCUAUUGGAUAUGGUUUAUUAGGGAUGUCUUCCUCCAUGCUCAUGUUAUUUUUAUCCAGGUUUCCCUCAGGUUUUUUUAAGCACAGCCAAGCCUUGUCUAAAUCUUAUUUAGCUGAUAUUAUGCCUAAUUCAGAUAGAAAUACAGUGUUAGGACAUUUUAAUGCUGUGUCUAGUAUGGGUUUUAUAAUAGGACCUAUGAUAGGGGGACAUAUUGCUGAAUGGCCUAAUGGUUUUAAUAUUGUUGGAAUUAGUGCAGCUUUUAUAUUUUUUCUUAAUAGUCUUAUAAUUUGGACAUUACUGCCACCUGUCAAGUCUUACACACAUCCAGAAUUAACUCGGAAUGAUUCAGUUAUCUCCCUUAGAAAACUCAACUCAGAUGAGAUCAACUUUAGUCCUAGACUAUUUCUGAAUUCCAUCAAAAAAAUAGAUUGGAAAGAUUUAUGGGACUGGUUUUUAAUCAAAUUCCUGCUCGGUUUCUCUGUGAUAGUGUUUCGAAGCAAUUUUUCUCUUAUGGUGAAAGAGUCGUUUGAUAUCGGUGCUAAAACAAACGGAUAUCUUAUUUCUUACAGUGCCUUAUCGUCUACAGUUAUCGGUGUAUUCGUAGGGCGUAUAUCUAACUUCUAUAAAAAUGACUAUAAAUUAAUCAAACAUAUGACAUUCCUUUUAACAUUUACUUUAAUAUUUUUGAUUUUAUCUCCCAAUAUUUGGUUUUUACUCAUACUUUUACCUUUUUUAAGUCUGUCUACUGCUGUUAUUAGGGUGGCUACAGUGACGUUGACAUUAGAACGCGCCAAAAACCACGGGGUAGGUGCCUUGAUGGGUUUACAGCAAAGUAUUAUGGCCAUAGCUAGAAUGUUAGGGUCUUUUAUAGCAGGGAUAUCGUUAGAAUUUUCUCAUUCUGGUCCAGGUAUACUUUCCAUUAUCUUCUGUACUGUUGGAUUGAUUUUGUUGGUAGUUAGACCACAGGAUGUUGCAUCCAGGAGAAAGAAAAUGCAGUAA